CGGAUCCCGGCCCGGCGCCCGGGCGCGGCGCAGGGAGCGCGGGCGGGCGGGUGGGGGGCGACAUGGGGAAAACCCAGUCCAGGCACGCCGCCGCAGCCUUCAAGCGAAGAGAGAGCCCGGAAGGGGACAGUAUCGUGGUGUCUGCGUACACGGGCGGCCGCAGAGGCGCAGAGGAGGUGGGGCGGCGGGGCUGCGCGGAGCACGGCGCCAGGGACAAGCAGCCCAAAGCACGUCUGUAUCUCGUCUGUAACCAGCACCGCCUACCAAAAGAGCUGCUGGGCGAGGACCCCAGGGAAGGGCCUUUCCACGACGACCAGUGUCCCCUCGAGGUGAUACUGCCUCCUGAGAAGGCCGAGGCCCGCGAGGGGCCAGGACAGCUCUUCUGCUUGGACGAUGGGGAGAGAGCGGCGAGCCGCGAGGGCGCCCGAGGGCUUGGCAAGCGGCGCCUGAACGUGGACGCGGUCCAGUGCGACGUCUCGGUGGAGGAGGACAGUCACCAGGAGUGGACGUUCACGCUCUAUGGCUUCGACAACAGCGGCAAGGCCACCAGAGAGGACAUGUCCAGCCUGAUGCAGACCAUCUGUGAAGCCGUUGACGCCUCGGUCCACCACUGCUCGGGCAGCAGCAAGACCCUCCGUGUGAAGCUGACCGUCAGCCCUGAGCCCUCCAGCAAGAGGAAGGAUGGGCCCCCUGCCGUCCAGGACCGCGAGCCCAGUCGCUGCAGGGCGGAGGCGGAGCUCAGUGAGGACCCCAGGGUGGCCGACAGGAGGCUGUCUGCACAUGUCCGGAGGCCCAGCGCCGACCCCCAGCCCUGCUUGGAGCGGGGGCCCUACUGCGUGGACGAAAACACGGAGCGGAGGAACCACUACCUGGACCUGGCCGGAGUCGAGAGCUACGUGUCCAGGUUCGGGCCAGGGUCCCCCCCGAUGCAGGCCCGGCCGGAGCCCCCCGCCAGGGCCUCGCACCCACAGGGCCGGUCCCGCUCACAGGAGUCAGACGUGCACGCUGCCCACCAUCGCCGCUGCCCGGGGCUGGCCGAGUUCGCCCUGCCGGCUGCUGAGCCACUGCCCCGGGCCCUGGACCUGCCGCCCCGGCCGAAGGGCCCCGAGCGGCCAUUCCUGAGGUCCCCCCAGGGCUCGGGCCGGCCCCCUGGCGUGCCCAGCGGGCCCAGGCCUGGGCGGUCCUUCAGCUUCCACCCGCCCGCCCCCCUGCCACAGGCGCCCCUGGAGGCCCACCCCCUCCCGCAGCCGCCGCCCCCGCCCUACGGCCACCGGCGGUGCCGGCAGAGGGCGCGGGAGGGCCACUCGCCGCUGAAGGCCGUGCCGGGCCCGCCCGCGGCGCUGGAGCAGGAGCUGCCGCCUUCGCUGCUGGGCGAGGGCUUCGCGGGGCCGGCCGUCCAGCGGCAUGAACACCAUCACCACCACGAACACCAUCACCACCACCAUCACCACCACCACGCGGCCUAGCGCCCCCGGCCCGGCUGCCCUCCUCCACCACGCGGCCCAGGGCCCCACGGCCCACCCACCCUCCUCGCCAGCAGCCCGAGGCCACGCUGUCCCCCAGCCGAGCUUUCUGUGUCGUCCCUGAACACACGUUCGCUUCGAGAUGCCUGCACCCGCUUCUGUCGUGAUUCCAGCGUGAGGCUCAAGGGCAGGAGGGAACUGUCGGCCACUCCUGGCCUGUUUCUUUCCCUGCAGAGCAAGCGCUGGGGGGGCUUCACUUGGAGGGGGCAGGUGGGGGUGCGAGCCUUCUGGUCCCCCGGGACUGGGUGGACGGGGCCCUUGCGGCUCCUACAGCUUGUCUGUCAUGAAGCCGGGAGGGCGGUCAGGGAGCCCCCGCUGCCCGAAGCUCCAGGGUGUGCGGGGCCCGCAGACGGGGGAGGCGGCUCCCCUUCAGUCGUCCAGGAGCCGAGAGGAGGUAGGCUGUGGGGGUGCCCCCAGCACCCUGAGAGGACGCAGAGGCCGCGGCGGGGCUGGGGAGGUGUGGGUUCCCCGAGAACGCAUGUGGCGGAGGCGGCCUCCCGUCCUCCGUGGACUCGAACGCACCCCAUGGAGCGCCGCACACAGCUUCAGCUUCGGGAAAGCGCCCUUCCCGCUGGCAGGCCCGGAGAGGGCUGCAGGGAGCAGGGCGCCCAGCACCCUGGAGCCCUGGCCUGUGACCCCCCGAGGCCCAACGCGGCCGCCGCUCAGCCCCAGGCGAGCCACUCGUGACUCCGUGCCGCUGGUUUUGUGUCUGCUGCCUUGGCACUGUCUUUACGGAUGAAGCCGCUUGGUGGUCCACCUGUGAUUGCGUUUUCCCGUCAUAAUAAAAAUGCGUGCAUUUGGUAACGUCA